CGUAGGUAAUACCGUAGGCAUAAUGUCACCGUUCUGUGGCCUGAGUGUGGUUUAGUGAACGCAAAACUGCGUCCGGACCAUUUCACAUCAGUGAGAAUAACUUGUUUCCGACAAUUACGAAAGAAAGCCGGGACGAAUUCUCGUUCACCAUUCAUCUGUCAGACUGCCACGAAACAAACUUCGUAAAAUUGCCUGCUGCAUUGUCGGGUAAAUUUAGUAUUUAUUUUAAAAUAACUCACAAAUUCAGUAAUUCAUAAUGAUAAAUUUUCGUCAUGCAAUAGGCUUUACCCUUCACCCAAUGAUCUUGUCAGUUUUUUGUCGAGUACUUUUUCGUGUCGAGCCAAAGGUUAUCAAGAAACAAGUACUGUACGUUCAGGUGACCGUAUGGCAUGUUACAAUGAAAUAUAGAUUAACAUGAAAACAAGCCAUUUGGGAGAAAAGAAUGAUUGGCAAUGUCCAAUGUAUAAUUGGCAAAAGUAUAAUUUAUUAUAAAGAUAGGAAAAAACGCUAUGUCAUUAUUACUACCUUAUUACUGUGUACCAUGAACCAUGGCCUAGUUUUUAUGGAAUUAUGGGCUCUGUGGCUCGAAGAUUUCAUUCCUGCACGAGCAUAUUCUACAAUGGUAUCGGCUAUCGCAACAGCUCCUCUCUUUGUUUGGACAAAUCAUGUAUAAAGUUAUUACAGAUUUGAAAAGUUUAUUGAGUAGUAUCAAAAUGGUUUCAACGCAACCUGGAUGUAGUAGUCUUCAUUAUUCUCUGCCAUUGCCAUUAUAUUCCCUACAAGACGAAGUACUGCUGAACAUCUGCCACGUUGGCGGAAUUAUUUAAAGCCUUCGAAGUUCGAACCGAAGAUUCCGAGCAUCAAAGGGUGAGCAGCGUUUUCACAAAUUAUAUUGAUUUAAAUGGCUGCAUUUGAAGAAGACGAUAGCUUUCUUUUGCGGUCGACAAACAGAGAUUUGCUCUCCGCUGUUUUUAAAGAUAGUAUUCCAGAUAAUUGGAGAGAUAAUCCAGAUUUUACCUUCUACCUGUCAGAACUCAGCUCAUCAAACUUGGACCGUUUGGUUUCAGAACCUGAGAGACUAUCAGAGGAACGUUCCCAGCUGUUGGAGCAGACACAGGAUCUUGCAUUUAAUAACUAUAAAACCUUCAUUAAAACAGCUGAUUGUUCAAGAGAAAUUUUUCAAGAUUUUAUUCAUGUAGAAACACAAGUUGACUCCUUAUUAGAUGCACUGCCAUCUUUUAUUGAUAAAUGUAAACGAUUCCAGGAUGCUGGACAAGAAAUUAACUCGCGACGUUACUCCAAUUCUAUGAUACUUGGUAGACACACUCAGUUGCUUGAAGUACUAGAAAUCCCACAGUUAAUGGAUACAUGUGUACGAAAUGGUUACUACGAGGAAGCUCUGGAACUGUCCACGUUUGUGAAGCGGCUGGAAAAGAGAUUUUCCAACAUCACUGUCAUCAAGAACAUCAUUUCGGAUGUAUUCGCUUCGAGUCAACUAAUGCUUAUUCAAUUGUUGCAACAACUGAGAACUAACAUACAGUUGCCACAGUGUUUGCGGAUAAUUGGUUACUUGCGAAGACUCGAUGUGUUCUCUGAAACUGAACUGAGAAUGAAAUUCUUGCAAGCCCGAGAUAGUUGGUUAUCGAGUGUUUUGUCUGCCAUACCUCGCGAUGAUCCAUACCACCAUAUCAGUAAAACUAUCGAGGCUAGUCGAGUACAUUUGUUCGAUAUUAUAACUCAGUACAGAGCAAUUUUCUCUGACGACGAGCCUGGCAUACUUGGUGAUGAUGAGGAUAGUUCAGCGAACAGCAGCUUGUUUCAUGCCUGGAUUGUACAAAAGAUAUCCGCGUUUUUGUCCACGUUACGUGAUGAUCUCAAGAGAGGUGUUGGAAACAGAUCGGAUUCGUUGCUGGGACAAUGCAUGUACUUUGGAUUAUCCUUCAGUAGAGUCGGGGCAGACUUUCGCGGGUUGUUAGCUCCUCUUUUCCAAGAGGCUUCAUUCUCUUCAUUCUCUUCAGCAAUGGAUGUUGCCACGCAAAGCUUCAAAGAGACGAUGAAUGGCUACCACCCUGUUUCCUUUUCUUCGACACUAACAUCGACUAUUUUGGGCUCAACACCAAGCAAGACGAAAACGUCAGACGAGAAUAUAUCACCGCCAAUUGUGCUGUUAGAGCACCCACCAUUGGCAUCAUUUACAAAUGCUGUUCUGGCUGCACUGAAUGAUCUUCGACUUUGUGCCCCACUUGGCAUCGCUCAUUCUGUCAAGAUGUGUGUGGAAAACUCUCUCAGCCUUGUUGUUGCCGAGACAACAUCGUUUUACCGCGCGGAGGAAACUGCCUUGACCAGCGAAGAGAAGGAACUAUUCCAGAAAUUUUGUGUAGUCCUAGCAAAGGCACUCGUGCCGUAUCUGAACAGAUGCGUGCAAACACUAUUUUCAUCAAAACCAAUAGGAAAUACUAAAAAUGUGUCCUCGUUCAUUUCCAUGGAUGCUGACAAACUUAUUGCACCGUUGUUGCCAAUGAUGCCGAACACUGCACCGGAGCCCACUGUGGACGCCGAAAUCAAGCCUGAUGAAGAGACUGAGCCCAUUUCGAAAGAAGAAACGACUGAAAACCACCAUGUUCCUAUUGACGAACCAAAUUCUGAUGAUAUCAGUAAUAACGAGAAAACAUGACAGUUGAAGCAGACAUGUACACAAAGAUCAAAAGACGACAAUGCAAAAGUCACGGUAAAUUAAAGUAUCCUGUGCACAGCCAUUCAAAAAAGCCGACAAAUUCAAGAACCAUGCAAGUAAGAUUUUUCUAUGUUUUCGAAGUCUGGUCAUUUGAUUCUUGUACGCAUGCCUUGAGUCUUUUACGUAUGCACAUGUAUGUGUCAAUAAUAUUACUCUAAAAAUGUUUUUGCUCACUGCGCUAAAUUUUUACAAAUAUCAACCAUCACUAUAUUUGCAAAAUGAAGGUAGUGCAAAAUACCCACCAGCUAGAUAUUCUCGUAUUGUGAUUUGUGAUCACAAUAUAUCUAAAUGAUAAUUUGAUGUUAAAACCAUGAGAAAGUACUAUAUUGUUUUGAGAAUUUUUCUUAUAAAGCGUCGCCGCUUCAAUUCUGCUCUAACCUAGCGACCAGGAACAGAUUUUUUGUGGCCUUAGUAGGAGUAACCAACACAUCUCUGAAAUCAAUUGGCUUGGCCAUACAAUGUUUAGUAUUUAUUUAUCACCUAAAAAUUUUAAAUUUCAUUCUAACGUUUAGUAGGAAAGGAGAGGUUUACAAUUAUGCUGAUCGCGUAAUUUACUGUAUAUAAUAUAUAUACAGUAUAUAGGGGCUUUUUAACCGCAAUCCAAAUAACGCGAUACCUAAAUAACGACAUGCACUGGAGUUCAAGAUUUAUAUAUUAUAGGGAAGAAAAUCUUAAAUUACCUAUAUGUGCAUCAUGCAUGAUGUAAAUUGUAAAUUGAAAAAACUACUGUAAGUAUCGGUAUAUAUAUAUUUGCAAUCAUGGCGAUUUUUUAACAUUGACUUUUUCAUAUUUAUAUAUAUAACAAAAGACGAUUAUUCACAGUGAGUGAUGUUUUAUUGCAUGCAUGUGUACGCGAAUAUUGUAUUGUAAAAUUUUUAGAAUUAGUGCAAAAAGGUGCAUUGCCGUUUACAUAAAAACAUUGUAAUUUACAAUACAAUUUUACUGUUGCAUAUAUAUUACACAACUUUUUGCAACUGUA